UGCGGGACCAGGGCAGCCCGCGCACUGUGCAGGAGCAGCAGCCGCCGCCGCCCUCGCCUCCAAGGUUUUGCUGCUUCCUGAGCAGAGACCCGGGCUCGGCCGCCAUGUCCGCCACGGACGAAGUUGACGGACUGGGCGUGGCUCGGCCACACUAUGGCUCUGUCCUGGAUAAUGAGAGACUUACUGCAGAGGAGAUGGAUGAAAGGAGACGUCAAAAUGUGGCUUAUGAGUACCUGUGUCAUUUGGAAGAAGCAAAGAGGUGGAUGGAAGCAUGCCUUGGGGAAGAUCUGCCUCCCACCACAGAACUGGAAGAGGGGCUUAGGAAUGGGGUCUACCUUGCCAAACUAGGAAACUUCUUCUCCCCCAAAGUGGUGUCCCUGAAGAAGAUCUAUGAUCGAGAACAGACCAGAUACAAGGCAACUGGCCUCCACUUUAGACACACUGAUAAUGUGAUUCAGUGGUUGAAUGCCAUGGGUGAGAUUGGAUUGCCUAAGAUUUUUUACCCAGAAACUACAGACAUCUAUGAUCGAAAGAACAUGCCAAGAUGUAUCUACUGUAUCCAUGCACUUAGUUUGUACCUGUUCAAACUAGGCCUGGCUCCUCAGAUUCAAGACCUAUAUGGAAAGGUUGACUUCACAGAAGAAGAAAUCAACAACAUGAAGAUUGAACUGGAAAAGUAUGGGAUUCAGAUGCCUGCCUUCAGCAAGAUCGGGGGUAUUCUGGCUAAUGAACUGUCAGUGGAUGAAGCUGCAUUACAUGCUGCCGUUAUUGCUAUUAAUGAAGCCAUUGAUCAUAGAAUUCCAGCUGACACGUUUACAGCUUUGAAAAACCCCAAUGCCAUGCUUGUGAAUCUUGAAGAGCCUUUGGCUUCCACUUACCAGGAUGUACUUUACCAGGCCAAGCAGGACAAAAUGACAAAUGCUAAAAACAGGACAGAAAGCUCCGAGAGAGAAAGGGAUGUCUAUGAGGAGCUGCUCACUCAAGCUGAAAUUCAAGGCAAUAUAAACAAAGUCAAUAUGAUUGCUGCAUUAGCAAAUGUAGACCAGGCUUUGGAGCAGGAAUCUGCACUGGCCUUGUUCAAAAUUCUGCAGUCCCCAGCUCUGGGCCUUCGAGGACUGCAGCAGCAGAACAGUGACUGGUACCUCAAGCAGCUCCUGAGUGACAGACAGCAGAAGAGAGAGAGCGGCCAGGCCGAGCCCCUGCAGAAAGAGGAGCUACAGUCCGGAGUGGAUGCUGGAAACAUUGCUGCCCAGCAGUAUCAGAGAAGAUUGGCAGCAGUGGCAGCAAUUAAUGCUGCCAUCCAAAAGGGAGUUGCCGAGAAGACUGUUCUGGAACUAAUGAAUCCCGAAGCCCAGCUGCCCCAGGUGUACCCGUUUGCUGCCGAGCUUUAUCAGAAGGAGCUGGCUACCCUGCAGCAACAGAGUCCUGAGCAUAGCCUCACCCAUCCCGAGCUCUCUGUUGCAGUGGAGAUGUUGUCAUCGGUGGCCUUGAUCAACAGGGCGCUGGAGUCUGGAGACAUGAAUACAGUGUGGAGACAGCUGAGCAGUUCAGUUACAGGCCUCACAAAUAUUGAAGAAGAAAACUAUCAGAGGUAUCUCGAUGAAUUGAUGAAACUGAAAGCUCAGGCACAUGCAGAAAAUAAUGAAUUUAUUACGUGGAAUGACAUCCAAGCUUGCGUGGACCAUGUGAAUCUGGUGGUGCAGGAGGAACACGAGAGAAUUUUAGCCAUUGGCUUAAUUAACGAAGCCCUGGAUGAAGGUGAUGCCCAAAAGACUCUGCAGGCCCUGCAGACUCCUGCAGCUAAACUUGAGGGGGUCCUCGCAGAAGUGGCCCAGCAUUAUCAGGACACACUAAUCAGGGCAAAGAGGGAGAAAGCCCAGGAAACUCAGGAUGAGUCAGCUGUGUUGUGGUUGGAUGAAAUUCAGGGUGGAAUCUGGCAGUCCAACAAAGACACCCAAGAAGCACAGAAGUUUGCCUUAGGAAUCUUUGCCAUUAACGAAGCAGUGGACAGUGGCGAUGUUAGCAGAACACUGAGUGCCCUUCGUUCCCCUGAUGUCGGCUUGUAUGGUGUCAUCCCUGAAUGUGGUCAGACUUACCAGAGUGACCUUGCUGAAGCCAAGAAGAAAAAACUGGCAGUAGGAGAUAAUAACAGCAAGUGGGUGAAGCACUGGGUGAAAGGUGGAUAUUAUUAUUACCACAAUCUGGAGACCCAGGAAGGAGGAUGGGAUGAACCCCCAGACUUCGUGCAAAAUUUUAUGCAGCUUUCUCGGGAGGAGAUCCAGAGUUCCAUCUCUGGGGUGACUGCUGCGUAUAACCGGGAACAGCUCUGGCUGGCCAACGAAGGCUUGAUCACCAGGCUGCAGGCUUGCUGCCGGGGAUACCUGGUUCGACAGGAAUUCCGAUCCAGGAUGAAUUUCCUGAAAAAACAAAUCCCUGCCAUCACUUGCAUUCAGUCGCAGUGGAGAGGAUACAAGCAGAAGAAGGCGUACCAAGAUCGCUUAGCCUACCUGCGCUCCCACAAAGAUGAAGUUAUAAAGAUUCAGUCCCUGGCAAGGAUGCAUCAAGCUAGAAAGCGCUAUAGAGAUCGCCUGCAGUACUUCCGAGACCACAUAAAUGACAUUAUCAAAAUCCAGGCUUUCAUUCGGGCAAACAAAGCUCGUGAUGACUACAAGACUCUCAUCAAUGCUGAGGAUCCUCCAAUGAUUGUAGUCCGAAAAUUUGUCCACCUGCUCGACCAGAGUGACCAGGAUUUUCAGGAGGAGCUUGAUCUCAUGAAGAUGCGGGAAGAGGUCAUUACCCUCAUUCGUUCUAACCAACAGCUGGAGAAUGACCUCAAUCUCAUGGAUAUCAAAAUUGGACUGCUGGUGAAAAAUAAAAUUACACUGCAGGAUGUGGUUUCCCACAGUAAAAAACUUACCAAAAAAAAUAAGGAACAGUUGUCUGAUAUGAUGAUGCUAAAUAAACAAAAGGGAGGUCUCAAGGCUUUGAGCAAAGAGAAGAGAGAGAAAUUGGAAGCAUAUCAACACCUGUUUUAUUUACUGCAGACCAACCCCACCUAUCUGGCAAAGCUGAUUUUUCAGAUGCCCCAGAACAAGUCCACCAAGUUCAUGGACUCAGUAAUCUUUACACUCUACAACUAUGCAUCCAACCAGCGAGAGGAGUACCUGCUCCUACGGCUCUUUAAGACAGCACUACAGGAGGAAAUCAAGUCAAAAGUAGAUCAGAUUCAAGAGAUUGUGACUGGAAAUCCUACGGUUAUUAAGAUGGUCGUGAGUUUCAACCGCGGUGCUCGGGGCCAGAAUGCGCUGCGGCAGAUCCUGGCCCCGGUGGUGAAGGAGAUUAUGGACGACAAGUCUCUCAACAUCAAAACUGACCCUGUGGAUAUUUACAAAUCUUGGGUUAAUCAGAUGGAGUCUCAGACAGGAGAGGCAAGCAAACUGCCCUAUGAUGUGACCCCAGAACAGGCUCUGGCUCAUGAAGAAGUCAGGACACGGCUAGACAACUCCAUCAGGAACAUGCGGGCUGUGACAGACAAGUUCCUCGCAGCCAUCAUCAGCUCUGUGGACAAAAUCCCUUACGGGAUGCGCUUCAUUGCCAAAGUGCUGAAGGACUCAUUACAUGAGAAAUUCCCCGAUGCUGGUGAGGAUGAGCUGCUGAAGAUUAUUGGUAACUUGCUUUACUAUCGAUACAUGAAUCCAGCCAUUGUUGCUCCCGAUGCCUUUGAUAUCAUUGACCUGUCAGCAGGAGGCCAGCUCACCACAGACCAACGCCGAAAUCUUGGCUCCAUUGCAAAGAUGCUGCAGCACGCAGCUUCCAAUAAGAUGUUUCUGGGAGAUAAUGCUCACUUAAGCAUCAUUAAUGAAUAUCUUUCCCAGUCCUACCAGAAAUUCAGACGGUUUUUCCAAACUGCUUGUGAUGUCCCAGAGCUUCAGGAUAAAUUUAAUGUGGAUGAGUAUUCUGAUUUAGUGACCCUCACCAAGCCUGUGAUCUACAUUUCCAUUGGCGAAAUCAUCAACACCCACACUCUCCUGUUAGAUCACCAGGACGCCAUUGCCCCAGAGCACAACGAUCCGAUCCAUGAGCUGCUGGAUGAUCUUGGCGAGGUGCCCACCAUCGAGUCCCUGAUAGGAGAAGGCUCUGGCAACGUAAAUGACCCAAAUAAGGAGGCACUGGCUAAGACAGAAGUCUCUCUCACACUGACCAACAAGUUUGAUGUGCCUGGCGAUGAGAAUGCAGAAAUGGACGCUCGGACCAUCUUGCUGAACACAAAACGUUUAAUUGUGGAUGUCAUCCGGUUCCAGCCAGGAGAGACCUUGACUGAAAUCCUAGAAACACCAGCCACCAGUGAACAGGAAGCGGAACAUCAGAGGGCCAUGCAGAGACGUGCUAUUCGUGAUGCCAAAACUCCUGACAAGAUGAAAAAGUCAAAAUCUGUAAAGGAAGACAGCAACCUCACUCUCCAGGAGAAGAAGGAGAAGAUCCAGUCGGGCUUGAAGAAGCUCACGGAGCUUGGCACCGUGGACCCAAAGAACAGAUACCAGGAGCUGAUCAACGACAUUGCCAGGGAUAUUCGGAAUCAGCGGAGAUACCGACAGAGGAGAAAGGCUGAACUAGUGAAGCUGCAGCAAACGUACGCUGCUCUGAACUCUAAGGCAACCUUUUAUGGAGAACAGGUGGAUUACUAUAAAAGCUACAUCAAAACCUGCUUGGAUAAUUUAGCCAGCAAGGGCAAGGUCUCCAAAAAGCCUAGGGAAAUGAAAGGAAAGAAAAGUAAAAAGAUUUCUCUAAAAUAUACAGCAGCAAGACUACAUGAAAAAGGAGUUCUUUUGGAAAUUGAGGAUCUCCAAGUGAAUCAGUUUAAAAAUGUUAUCUUUGAAAUCAGUCCAACAGAAGAAGUUGGAGACUUUGAAGUGAAAGCCAAAUUCAUGGGAGUCCAAAUGGAGACGUUUAUGUUACACUAUCAGGACCUGCUGCAGCUACAGUAUGAAGGAGUUGCCGUCAUGAAAUUAUUUGAUAGAGCUAAAGUAAAUGUCAACCUUCUGAUCUUCCUUCUCAACAAAAAGUUCUACGGGAAGUAAUCGCUCACCUGCUGCCAGCCCAGAAGGAUGAAGAAAGAAGUGCCUCGUGGCUACCUUUCUAGGGUCCUUCUUUACUCCUAGGAAGCAAAGACCCAGCCCACACCCGUGCCUCGACUGGAUACACCCCCAGUCCACGUGUUUAACUCCGCCCGCUGCAUGGGACAUCCGUUGCCCUUUUUUCAUAGUGAAAUUAUAUUUCAGGCUUAGUCUGACCCUAUUCCUUCCUUUUCUUCUGUCACUUAGGAAAGAGGGGGAAUCCCCCUGACUCUCUCGUGUUGUUACAGUCAUAGAGGUUGCUUUACUAUAUUGUAAGCUUUGGUGUUUGUUUUAAUUAGCAGUAGGGAUGGUGGGAUUGGAAUUCCUGUCAUUUAGAAGUGGAAGCUAUUAGCACCAGUGACCCACAUACGUAGCAGACACACGAUUAAAAUGUCAGGUUAUCCUUAGUUCUAAGGUUGUCAUUUAAAAGUGAAGUUCCUUUGUGUUUCUGUCCCAUCGGUAAAAUUGAAGGAUAUGGGGAGUCAUUGGUUCUCUUCCAUCCCGUUUUCCUUUCUGGGCGGGAGCCUAACACAAGUCACGGUUCUGUGUUCAAAGAAAGCGUUUCUAGAACAGGGGAAUGAAUUGUUUUCCCACUCACCAUUAAAUUCGGGCAGCUCUGUUAGUGUAACUCUCUCAUCAGUGGGUGGGAGAGUGCCCUUGAGAGAAUUGAGUUAUUUAGGCAGAUUCGGAAAGGUCAGAGGCACCCUCUUGUUCAUGGAGGCUGCGUGUUUGGGACGGUGCAGAGAUUGACGAGGUUCAGGAAGACAGUCCACUCCAUCCCCAUGGCAAAGGAAUGGGUUAGCCCUAGCAUAGAAUGUAAUUGUUUUCAAAACGGUUUUAUAUCUUAAGAGUGCCUUAUUAAAGUGUAGAUUUAUUUCUUAAAAUGUGGGUGAUAGGAAAUUUAAAGAUUUAUAUAAUGCUGCAAAAGCCUUUAGAAUACUGUAAGAAAAGGGUUUUUAAAAAUUGGCUUAUCUGUAUAUCUGAACUCUUAAAACUUUCUUAUAGCUAAAACACUAGGAUUUAUCUGCAGGAUUGCAGAGAGAGCUAAUCCUGCCUUAAAUAGACCGAAACAAAAACAAAACCAGCCAAUGAUACACUUGCUGUUAAAAUCUAUUUUCCCCCAUUUCUUUUACUUUUCUCUUGCUGCCCACACUGUGCCUUUAGGAGCUCCAGGUUUUUGUUUUGUUUUGUUUUGUUUUAAAUUUAGUUGCAAACAAUCCAGUUCUAAACAUUGGACUUGGGAAGCUUUCAUUCUUAGAUUAAAAGUCAUGUACUUUUUUUUAAAAAAAACAAACCUCUUUUUAUCCAGGAAAAUACAUUGGAAUCAUGCUACUGAGCCUCCAUUUUCUCUGAUGUUUUGGUUCAGUAUUCUCUUAUCUUUAAACUAACACUUAAAAAAAAUCUACUGAUGUAUAUUUAAAGCUAAUAAACUGUUUCAUUAAUAACAAAUCAUGUGAUGUGUCCCUAUUACCAAUGUCAAUAUUGGCGAUGUGUUUUUCACGGGAGACUGUUUACUCCUUCAGGUCCGCGGGUGCAGAUAGGUGUCAGAGCUGCAGGCAUCUGCACACUCCAGCAGCCCACAGGCAAGUGGAGAGGUGAGGUGUGGAGGGCCGCAGCAGGGGUCUCCGCUCCCCUGACCUUGUUUUUUGUUGUAUUCUGGAAGACCAUUUUUAGUAAAUAUUUUCCUCAGAUUCAAAGAAGAGACCAUUCCAAGUAGCACUGCCUCCAAAACUGGGACCAAGCAGAGUGUCAACUCUUUUACCUUCAAAGAUGAUCCUCAUCCCAAAUGCACGUUGGGCCCCAAAGGCCACAUUCAUGAGAGACGAUGAGUAAAGGUUACAGCUCCUCUAAUAAAAUAGGACGUUUCAAUUAUCUGUAAGGAUUUUAGUUCCCUUGACACCACUUGUAAAAUAGCACAAAAUGCACUUCAGGAAUUUUGAUGGUGACUGUGUAGAAUUACGGUUUUAACAGCGUUUAAGAUGCCAGGACGAACUCGGGCCAUGGGCGUUGAGACCUUGUAGCUCUUAAUCAUUUUAAUUUAUUAGCUAUAGCAUUCUCUGUCUCACCUCUCCCCUUUGACCUUCUCUGCCACCAGCCACCAUGACAUUACCAUGAAUUUACUUCCUCUCAAGAAUUUGGACUGCCCAACAGAUUUUUGCUGCACACAAUUGCCUUUGUAUCUCUGGAUGAAAUAAAAGGUCAUUUGUUCGUGUUUA